AUGCUACCUUUACCUGUCAUUAUUGCGCGCUUGGGUGAAUAUAAAAAGGAGAUGGGAAAGACGCACGAUCAACUAGCUAGGUACACGGUCGAGUCGACGACGGUGGUCGAUCGACGCGUGCACACUGGCAAGGACCUUUUUGGCGCGCUUUCUGAGGAUCCUUCACCUGGGAAUGGUGGGAUGAGUCUGAAGAUCAAGAUCAAGAAUAUGGACAAACAGCUCCAACGCAAAGAUCAGAGGGAUGCCUUGAAGGUAACCCCAAUCAAAACCGUCAAGGCGCCAGUUCCACGUUAUUUCAAUCACCCAGUACAGAUUGGGAAUAACGUUGUAGCGCCCCAGACUCCCAUGGCAUUUUAUCCGCACAAAGGUGAUCUUGACACUCCUCGCAAGCAAAAAAAGUGGAAGGGAUACAUCAAGGACCUUGAUAAUUCGGAGGCUUCCCAUGGGCUAGAUUCCAUCAAACUGGACGAGAAACGCCCUACUAUUAUUCACUAUGAGAGGGUUGUUUCAAUCGCGAUGUACCUCGAAUCUUGGUUGAAAGAGUUGGCGCUGCCUGACGUGAAUAAAUGGACACUUCUCCUGCAGCUGCAUAAAAAGGGCCCUGAAAAGCCUCUGACAACUGAGCAGUACGAAGCUAUCAAAACUGCCCAUGUCAGAAAGGACUUUGAUGUGGGGAACUUUGAAGCCGGAACUACUUUCCAGGCAGCAUGGAAACGUGUUUUCGGAGAGGAGAAGACUAGGCAUGGCAUCAGAAUCAGAGAGGUUAGCCUUCUUGAGGUGCUGCUUUAUGACAAAGAACUCAAGGCUUUUGUUGAUUCUGAUGAUAAUUCUGAUGAGUCUUCCCCAUCCAGCCCUCAAACUCCUUUCAAAGGGUUGGAAUCGACCCUUCAAACAUACUCCUCUUUGGGCUGUUUAAUCUGUUUCAAACACUCCUGCGAACAUGGCUUCUUCACGGACGGCAAUGAAAGAAAGCGAUUUGCUCUUGAAAAGGGUUGGCUGGCUCGCCGGCUCACAGAAAAAAAAGGACGGAAGAUGCUGGAGAACAGGAAUAAGAUGACAAAUGGAGCGCAACUAGAAAGCCCUUCAUGCGAUCGCAAGUGCUACAUCACGUAUAACCCAGUUGCGAAUGGGGUUUCUGGAAGCACAUGGACCGAUGCAGAGCGAAAUGUUCUUCGCACGAUCUUCAUGUCUGCCUCCUGCAGCCUGAUUUCCUCUGAUCCAAUAUGCCAAGCCGCGGUUCUGCUGGACCGCGACUGUUUCGAGGUCCACCGGGAAUACCAGACUCUCGGCAUCUCACUCCCCAAAGCACCAGCGAGCCGGGUUACAGAAGACGAUGACUCAGAGGAAGACGACGAGGUCCCCAACCUAUCCUGGUAUAACCGUUUUGAACAUAAGCUCUCUCGACGGCCCGGGGCGGGCAGGUAUCAUACACCUAACUGGGAUCAUAUUAACCGAGAUAUUGAUGAUAUUUGCGCCCUCCGUGGCUGCGACCACGAUGGGCCAUGCUCCCCAAGCAACGACAAAUGUCCCUGUGCCAAAAAGGGGCAUUUCUGCGAGAAGUUUUGCGGGUGCACCGUUGAGAACUGUGCCUACAAAUUCACAGGAUGCGACUGCGGUCUACGUGGCAAGCCUUGCCACAUGAAGGGCGAGGAAUGCAUUUGUGUCCAGCUGAACCGGGAGUGCGACCCUGACCUGUGCCAUUCUUGUGGCGCUUUCGAACGGGCAGAUCCCAAGAAUGCGCGGAAGACGGAGUUGCUCGCCACUGGCUGCCAGAACUGUUCGUUGCAGCGCGGCUCUACAAAGGAUCUCGUGUUGGGGAAAAGUCAGUUCCAUGGCUAUGGUCUUUACUCCUCCGAAGCUAUUCGCAAAGAUGAAUUCAUCAUUGAAUACGUCGGCGAGCUGGUGUCUGGUGAGGAGGGAGAUCGUCGAUAUAUCAGGAGGCAAAAUCUCUUUGAUGGGACGAAACCUCUCUCCUUCAACUUUACCCUUCUGAAAGAAUGCAAUGUCUGGAUCGACGGAGCGAGAUAUGGAAAUCUGAGCCGUUACGUCAACCACGCGGAUGGCAGCAGUCAAAAAUGCAAUGUCACCCCAAAGAUCUUGCUGGUCAACGGAUGUUUCCGCAUCUCUUUCCGUGCAAAGCGCAACAUCAAGCCGUGGGAAGAACUUCUUUUCGACUACGGCGAGGACUUCGGUCUUGGUUCAGACAAAGCGAAGAGGAGAAAGAAGCGAAAACAGGACGAUGAUGAGGAUGAAGAUGAGGAUGACGAGGACGAGGAUGAGGAGAGCAGCAAUCACAGCUCCGACGAGGCCAGCAACUCGGAAUCAGAUGAGGAUUUCCCAAUGGAAGAGCCAGAGCGACCAAGCCUCAAGCGAAAGCGUGCCGAAUCAGAGGAUACGGAAGAGGAAUAUGCACCGAGUUCGGAGAACAAUAGAAGUCCCCGCAAGAAGAACGGGGGUGGAUCUGCGGAGACAGCGCGGCAAGCACGUCGGUCGCGCAAUGGGAAGGGAGGGUCGAGCAACGGCGCAGCGCCAAAGGUAACCACUCGCAGACCGGCGAAAUCCAGCAAGGAGACGCAACGGCCACGCGCCCCUGGGCGGGAGACUUCCACCUCACAGUCUGAGAGCUCGGCCUUGGCAGAAGAGCCCAAGGCCAAGAGGCCGCGGCUCAGCCAACACAAGGUCAUCAGCGACAGCGAUGAGGAGCAAGAGUCUGGUGGUGAUGGCGAUGAGAUGGAGGGAGGGGAGUCAUCGGCAGGCGACGAGGACGAUGAAGGGUCCUCCCAAGACGAAGACGACGAGAGCGAAGAUGAAUACGACAGGAGGGAGAAGUCCACUCGGAAGCGAAGGCGACCAGCCAAGUUCAAGGACGAUGAAGUGUAUGCCUUGGGCUCUGGGAGAAGGCGCCGUGCCACGGACAACAGCCCGCAGUGA